AUGUCAAAUAGAUUACCACACUUAAGAAAAGGUGGAGCUGCUGGCCACCAUCAAGUACAGUAAACAUAGGAAUAGCCUGAUUAGGGAGCAUAAUAUGGAUAGAAUUAAUAUAAUUAAUAUUAGGGAUAAAGCUAAUAUUAAUAUCAAAAUUAAAAUUAAGGUUAUUAAGACCCUAACAUCUCCAAUUAAAACCCAAACUAGGCUUACUAUGAGAAAUAGCAUGAAAUGCAUAAGCAAAACCUAAAUCCAAAUUACAAUCCUAAUUAUGGAAUGGGCUCAACCCAAAGUACUUUACCAGAUUAAAGCGCCAACGAUUUAGUUAGAAGAUAAUCAUCUGGAUAGGAUGUCAUGGGAGGUACUCAGUCUCCUGCUAGGAAAAGUAGCAAAUCUAGCAUGGAUUAUCCUCGUCCUUUGGUUUUCUAAGAAGAAACUCAAAAAUAUAGAGAAGUAAUUUGCAGUUCUUUGUCAACAAGCACCCAAGCAAUUCCUCCUCACUCUUAUCAAUAUUUUAUUUAACGCGAUGAUGGAAAUGCUGGACCUCGCUUCAUACGUCCAAGUAUCUAUUCAUUCGCAACUGAGCCUAACGUGAUGGCCUAAACUUAAUUCCCCUAAGGUUGCAUAGUAUAGCCUUUUAGCGAUCCUGUCGGUUAGGAAGAACCUGUUCCUGUUUCAGACUAUUUCACAAAAGAAGAAUCAGAAAAUGGAAAGGUUGUGCAAAUGUAAUCUUUAUUUAGAUGUAUGCGUUGCCACGCAUAUGCCAACCCUUAUUUUAAGUUUUAGGAUGGAGGAAAUGUAGCUAUUUGUAAUAUAUGUUAAAAACCUAACAAAGUACCAAAUGAGUAUUACAGCCCUCUAAAUGGCUAUAACGAGCGUAGCGAUAAAUAAGCUCGUCCUGAAUUAUCAAAGGCUGUUUAUGAUAUGGUUGCUCCUAGCAACUACGCCAAGAAGAAAGUUAGCAAUAACUAUAUUAUGCUUUGUUUAGAGAUGACUCCUGCUACUAUUCAGUCAGGCAUAUUCGCUUAAGCUCUCUAUUCCUUAAGCAUGGCUUUGGGUAGCAUUCCUGCUCCAGAGCGUACAGCCGUUUCUAUUUGCACUUAUGGAUCUUAGAUAAACUUUUAUAGCAUUCCAAAGGAUCUCAGCAACGAUCCUCAAUUAAUUGUAGUUUCAGAUCUUGAUGAUCCUUAUUGUCCAUUCCCUCGUAAUGCUCUCUUCUUAAACAUUAUAGAAGAUCGUGAAAAGAUUGACUAUCUUGUCGAAAAGCUUUAAAAAAAUAGCGAAUUAGUUCUUUAAGAAGCUGAAGCAAGCAAAGUUUUUCAUGUUAAAACAGCAUCAGUAGGUUCUGUAGUUCAGAGCAUUGCUUCAAUGUUAGAAGACCACCCUGCUCGUAUUAUUGUUUUUUCAUCUUAGCUUCCCACUUUAGGUUAUGGAAAAUUAAAGCGUAGGGAUGAUGUAAAAGUAAUGAAUACUGAUUAAGAAAAGACUCUGUAUGCCCCACAAGAUAAAUCAUACCAAGAAUUAGCAGUAAAUCUCCUCAGAAACUCAAUUACUGUUGAUCUUUUCAUAUUUAGUCCUGAUUACUGUGAUUUGGUAACUACUAGUCUUCUUUGCACUGAAACUGGUGGUUAGUUAUACUACUACCCUCAUUAUACUGUUAGCGAUGCAGAAAAGGUCCACUAUGAAUUAUUCAGAAAUCUAACAAGACCAUACUUUAUUGAUUGCAUUAUGACUGUUCGUACUAGCUUAGGUAUUAUUUUAGAAGAUUACUACACUACUAAAGGUAAAGUUUCUGUAAAGGAUUUGCAAAUGAGUUCAAUGAAUCCUGACUCAGUUUUAGGAGUUAUGUACAAGCAAGAAGAUAAAAUCAGUACAGCCGAAGCCUACAUUUAAUAUGCAUGUCUUUACACAAACAUAUAUGGUCAAAACAUGAUCAGAGUAAUCAAUUUGGCUGUCCCUGUAAAUUCAAGCAUUUAGAACAUGUUUAAAUAAGGUGAUUUAGAUGCAACUUUCUCAUUAAUUGUUCGUAGAACCCUUUCUAACAUUAGCAGCCAAACUCUCAAGCAACUUCACGACUCUUUAAUAUCUCAAAUAGUCAAUAUUUUCUAUUCUUACCGUAAUAAUGUAGCAGCUAGCAGCUCUCCAAGUUAGCUUAUUUUACCAGAAUCUACUAAAUAUUUAAUAAUAUAUAUUCUCUCUGUAUUGAAAUCCGAAGUAUUUAAAACUAAUGGAGCAAGACCUGACCAUCGUUACUACGACAUUUAUCGUUUGUUUUCUUUCCCUCCUAACUAAUUAAGUAACUUCUUAUACCCCAAAAUAUACGCCCUCCAUUCAAUCCUUGAAAAUCAACAAAGCCUUGAAUUAGCUCCAGGCUCUUAUAUAGCUGAAGACAAAGUCAUCAUGCCUACAAAUAUUCCUAGUUCUAUUGAUCGUUUAUCAAGCUUUGGUAUAUAUCUAAUUGAUAACGGUGAGACUAUCUAUAUUUACGUCAUGAAGGAUGCUAAUCCUUAACUUUUUGAAUAGCUCUACGGUACUUCCGACUAUGAAUAACUUAGAGAAAUUCAACAAUAUCCUUCAAUUAGUGAUAACGAUUUUGCAACACGUGUUAAUGCUAUUAUUGAUUAAAUUAGAAGAAACAGAAACGGUGCUUACCACAAUAUUCGCACUGUCCUUUACAAAGAUCCAUUUGAAAAUAACUUGAAACCCUUUUUUGUAGAAGACGAAAGUCGUGGAAUAAUGUCUUAUAAUGCCUUCUUAUGCGAUAUGCAUAAAAGAAUUUAAAGCAAAUACACUUCUUGA